AUGUCCGACUCACUCGAACCCGCCUACCUCUCCUAUCUCAUACUCUUUCUUCGCGGUGUCCCGUCUCUUCUCGCUGCCAUCACACUCAUCCUUGCAUACCGUGAGCAUCUCCGCUUCAGCUCUAGCAAUACACCUCGAGCCCUCCCAUUCCCACCGCGUCGCCCCUCCUACCGCGAUCGCAUUCCUGAGGUCCAAGAUGCGAACUGGCCCCCUGCAUCGCCGAUCACGCGAAAUUAUGUGAAAGAGCGGGGAGACCGCAUACCUUUUGUCACCCCCCCUCCGUUCGCUAUCGGGAAGAGACUUGAUGCGUUGAGGUACGAUAAUGUGACAUCUCGUGGUCGUGGUCGGGAUCAGACUCAUUUCCGGAUUGUGUAUCCUAUUCCACAGCCAUUCGAUAAUAUCAAUUCCGACGGUUAUGGUAUCUCAUCGGGCAGACAUGGAUACGAAUCAGACCGGCAGUAUGGCAUAAGGGAGACCCGUAGCGGCUACUUGUCUAUUCCAAGACGGAGUGGGGAUCCCUCACCGCAUAGGGAGCCCGUAGGCGGAUCGAGCUCGCCGGAUGGAUGGUAUGAGUACAGUGGACACCGGGGUGGUGGUCUUGCUCCUGAAUACGGUGCACUUCUUGCGAGGAACGCAGGCCGAAGGACGCAGAAUGAAGACCAAGGAGGGGAACGCGCGUAUUUUCCUUGGUAUGCCGAUGGUACAAGGUAUGAUGAGGAGAAGGAAGCAGAGGCUGAGGCUGAGGCGUUGGGGGAAGAGGAAGAGAAGGAAGAAAGGAGAGAUCAACAGGAGUGCUGUAGAGGUGCUUGA